CUCUCUCUCUCUCUCUCUGUCUGCUCGGUUAACCGGUUUAGAGAAGAAAGAGAAAAGAAAAGGAAAGACUUUAUACAACAUCAUGGCUGUGAUUAACAUUUCAUUUAGAACCUUUCUGUUCCUCCUCAUCCUUGGUGCCUUCAUCAUGGACACAGAGACAGCACGCUGCUGCAUGUCCUACACACGGAGACCGGUCCGCUGCGGACGAUUAACCGAUUACUACAUCCAGGAACUAACCGGAACCUGCGACAUCAGAGCUGUGGUAUUUCAGACCAAAGACAAGAGAAACAUCUGCGCUGAUCCCAGGAUGGAGUGGACCCAGGAGAGGAUCAUGUGUCUCUGGGAAAAGGCUUUAAUGAAGGAAUGAAAGACGGCUGAACUGAUGACACCAUAUUAUUACAUAUUUACAUUUGUAUCAUAUUUACACCAGGUCACGACAAAUCAUUCUGAAUAAUGUUUCAAAGAAAUGUUUCAACUGGAAUAUCAAUCUACAGGAGAUACCGGAGCUUCACAUGUGGAUUCAUGCACAAGAUAUAAAGAAGAAAGAUGGCGUUUUCUUUACACUUUAUUUUUUUGUCUGUGAGGUUUAAAUAAUACCAGCAUAAAUUUUACACCGACGAACACAAAUACAAAUCAUUCACUUAACAAAAGCAACGAAUAAAAGGUCAAUGCAGCACACUGACUAAAGAUUAUAAUCAUCAAAACAGAAUUACAAUCUUUUAUUUAUUUAUUUAUUUAUAUUACUUUUGGUUUUGUUUAAACCUGUCAGUUUCUACAGAUUUGUUUUGUAGCAUCGGACCAAAAUAUGAGUUUAUUCAUCUAAAAAUUAUCCAUAAUCCAUAAUAAUCCACAAGAUUGUUCAGCACUUGUGUACAGCGAGGAUUAGUGAAGCAUGAAAACAGACCAAGAUCAGCUGUCCUUUGAUUUUAUCAGCUUACACACACACACACACACACACACACACACACACACACACACACACACACACACACACACACUGAUGCUUUGAUCAAAUUCUGUCGCAGAAUUUCAUGCCCCACAUUCCCCCAGUGAUAUAUCUGAUGAUCUAUAUAUCUAUAUAUGAUAUGACGAAUAAUGACAAAUUCCUCAAAUUCAACUGGAGAACACGUAUCCACCGUGCACCCAGGUGGCAUCUCCUCCCCAGGUGCACCACGCCCUCACACCCGCUCGUCCUGACCUCCUCCUGGACUCACAUACACACAUCUGACCUCGCACUAAAUCGUGACUCGGCUCCUGGAUUAUGACUCUGUUUUCUGUCCCUGAAUUGUGAAGUUUUAGAUUAAACUACGUUUAGAUUCAUUUUUCAGUUUGAACCAGAACUAGAUCAUUCUUUUUAUCUUUAAUUGUUCAGAAGACUUUUGGACAGAAACAUCAGUUCUAAUUUUGCCAAAUUUUCCAUCAGUGAUUAAUGAUUUAAUGGUGUUGCUCUUAAUAGUGAAUAAUACAGAUUUAAUGAAAUAUACACUUCUGAGUUGAGUUUGUUUGGCUUUUAGUGCUGUUAGAGAGCAAUUUAUUCACAUAAAGGAAGACUAACCUCCUCCAAACGUUCUAACCUUCUCUAUUCUUAUUCUUAUUAUUUAUGUUCGACAUGCAGCUGUAUAAUGAAUCUUUGCUCCACAUCUGGGGUUCUGAGAAACUGGAUUCACUUCUAUUUGAAAUUCAUAAUGUUUGCAUUUAUUCAUUGAGGGCUUUUUAUGUUUAUUUGUUUUUGUGUGUAUCUCAUUUUUUAUAUUUUGGCCAGUUUUUUCUAAAAACAAUUCAUUUAUAUAUGACUUGGUUUACUUAAUGUAUCAUUGAUGCAGUAAAAUGUAUAUCCAAAUAAAUACAUUUUCAAAUAGA